AUGGUUCGCUUUGUGACACCUUUGGUCCUGGCCUCACUGUCAGUGUCCGCCUUCGCCGCCCAAUCCUGCAGCUCCAGCAGCCAGUGCAACGAGAAAUACCCAUGCUGCUCCCAAUAUGGUGAGUGUGGUACUGGCGCCUAUUGUCUCGGCGGCUGCGAUCCUGUUGCCUCGUUCUCUCUCGAUUCCUGCGCGCCUAUGCCCGUCUGCGAGAGCAAGACUUACACCUGGGAUAACCUCGACAAUUCCAUCACCCAAGACAAGUACCUGGGUAAUGCCAGCGCUGUUGACUGGACCUACAGUGGAAAAGUCAAGACCGAGAAUGGCAAUCUGAUUAUGACUAUGCCCGCCAACAGUGUUGGCACUCUUUUUGCCAACAACCACUACGUCUGGUACGGCAAGAUUUCUGGAAAGAUCAAGAGCUCCCGCGGCAAGGGUGUUGUGACCGCUUUCAUUCUUCUGUCCGAUGUUAAAGAUGAGAUCGAUUACGAGUGGGUCGGGGCCGAUUUGACCGCCGUGCAGACCAACUACUACUGGCAGGGUGUUCUAGACUGGCACAACAGCGCCAAUAUCACCGUGAACGGUGAGGAUACCUUUAAUGACUGGCACACUUACGAGAUCGACUGGACCCCUGAGAAGGUGGACUGGAUCGUUGACGGCGUUGUGCACCGUACUUUGAACAAGGCCGACACCUACAACGCGACCUCCAAGCAGUACCAGUUCCCCCAGACACCCUCCCGCCUUCAAAUGUCGCUCUGGCCCGCCGGCCAGGCCAGCAACGCCCAAGGCACCAUCAACUGGGCUGGCGGUGAUAUCGACUGGGACAGCGAGGACAUCAAGACCGUCGGGUACGACUAUGCUACCGUCGGCGAGGUCAGCGUGCAGUGCUACGACCCUCCCGCCGAUGCCACCAAGAAAGGCAGCAAGGCCUACAUCUACACCAACUCCGCUGCCAUGGAGAACGAUCUCUCCAUCACCAACAACAACACCGUCCUUGCCUCCCUCGGCGCUACCGGUCUCGACAUGGAUCUCGGCGCUCACAAGUCAGGCUCUUCCAGCUCUUCAUCCACUGCGUCCAACAGCAUCCCCGCCAGCAAGGGUGGCUCUGGUGGCAUGACUAGCAACAGCACUUCCUCUCAUGAGUCUAGCUCGGGCUCUAGCUCGGGCUCGGGCACUUCCACCACCGAUGCCUCGGAGACUUCCACUACUGGCUUCACCCAGGGUACCCCCACCCAGGGCAACGGUGCAGCCAGCCAGAACGAGCGUGUCCUCCGUGGCUCGCUCUUCGGCGUUCUGGUGGCUCUUGUUGUCCUUGUGGCACUGUAA